AUGGGUGUCCCCGCGCUCUUCCGAUGGCUUUCCAACAAAUACCCGAAGAUCAUCUCUCCGGUGAUUGAGGAACUGCCUCAGGAAGUGAAUGGAGAGGAAAUCCCGGUCGACACCACGCGCCCCAACCCGAACGGCGAGGAGAUGGACAACCUUUACCUGGACAUGAACGGCAUUGUGCACCCAUGUACCCAUCCAGAGGGAAAGCCCCCACCAGCCAACGAGCAGGAGAUGAUGCUGGAAAUCUUCAAGUACACCGACCGCGUUGUCAACAUGGUCCGUCCCCGAAAACUACUCAUGAUUGCUAUUGAUGGUGUUGCACCAAGAGCCAAGAUGAACCAGCAGCGCGCACGUCGUUUCCGCUCCGCUCAAGAGGCCCGUGAAAAUGAUGAGAAGAAGGAGGAGCUCCAGAAACUACUCGACAAGCAACAAAGCAAGAAGACCGGUGAUGCCGCUAUUAGAGAAGAGGUCAUCCAGAAGACGUGGGACAGCAACGUGAUCACUCCUGGAACCCCUUUCAUGGACAUUCUCGCUGCCUCACUGCGCUAUUGGAUUGCUUACAAGCUUAACACUGAUCCGGCAUGGGAGAAGAUGAAGAUCAUUAUCUCGGACGCGACAGUUCCUGGAGAGGGAGAGCACAAGAUCAUGGAGUUCGUGCGUUCUCAACGAGCCUCUCCAGAACACGAUCCCAACACCCGCCACGUCAUUUACGGUCUUGAUGCGGAUUUGAUCAUGCUGGGUCUCGCUACUCACGAGCCCCACUUCCGGGUUCUUCGUGAGGAUGUCUUCUUCCAGGAGUCGAAGCCUCGGACUUGCAGGCUCUGUGGUCAACCUGGGCACAAGGCCGAGGAAUGCACGGGUAAAGCGAAGGAGAAGAGUGGAGAGUUUGAUGAGAAGCAACAUGCUUCUCCGCUGAAGCCAUUCAUCUGGCUUCAUGUCUCUGUCCUUCGAGAAUAUCUGGCUGUCGAGCUCCAGGUUGCUCAGCAACCAUUCCCAUUUGAUCUUGAACGGGCACUGGAUGACUGGGUGUUUAUGUGUUUCUUCGUUGGUAACGAUUUCCUGCCUCAUUUGCCUUCAUUAGACAUCCGUGAAAAUGGCAUCGAUACCCUGAUUGCCAUCUGGCGUGACAACAUUCCGUCUAUGGGCGGAUAUCUGACCCAGGACGGCCACGUUGAUCUCAAACGGGCUCAGCUGAUUUUGCAAGGUCUGGCUAAGCAAGAGGACGCCAUCUUCCGGCGCCGACGACAGGCGGAAGAAAGAAGAGCGGCGAAUGAGAAGAGACGCAAGGAGCAAGAUCAGGCUCGGAAUGAAGAGCGUGCUAGCAAGCGAAGACGUAGUUCUCCUGUCUAUGAUGCUAAACAGAACCGCUCCAAGGGGGAACCCGACCCAGACCCGACUGCCGGCCUGGAGCUCAUCACGCCCUCCCGUGCACACUUGACGAAAGAGGACAAGGAGCUGACUCACAACAUGAUUAUCAACCGUGGAGCCAUAUAUCGCGCCAACAUGGAAAACAAGAGCGCUGCCGCUGUUUUGAAGAGCAAGCUUAUGAAGGCCGGCCCAAGUCAGCCAGCAGCCGAGGAAGUCCCUGCCACUGCGGAGAAUGAGGGAGAGGCCCCUGAGCCGACAUCUCCCUCCGUUCUCGGGAAGAGAAAGGCUGAUGAAUCGACGGAGGCAACUGAACAGGAGACAGAGGAUGCUGGAACUCCUGGUAGAGAUUCACCUGCUGUGCCUCCCCCGAAGCCCAAGGAUGAUGAAAUGCCACCAGACACCGUCAAGCUCUGGGAGCCAGGAUAUGCUGAUCGGUACUACGAGCAAAAGUUCGGUGUUGAUCCCCAGGAUCAUGAGUUCCGUCACAAGGUUGCGCGUGCGUACGCCGAAGGUCUUGCUUGGGUCCUCCUCUAUUACUUCCAGGGCUGUCCUUCGUGGGACUGGUACUACCCAUACCACUAUGCUCCGUUCGCUGCCGACUUUGUCGACAUUGAGGACAUGGUCAUUGAAUUUGACAAGGGCAAGCCAUUCAGGCCCUAUGAGCAGUUGAUGGGAGUCUUGCCAGCAUCAUCGAACCACGCACUACCCAAAGUCUUCCAUGAUCUCAUGAGCAACCCGGAAAGUGAGAUCAUUGACUUUUAUCCAGAGGAUUUCGCUUUGGAUCUGAAUGGCAAGAAAUUUGCCUGGCAGGGUGUGAUUCUCCUUCCCUUCAUUGACGAGAAGCGCCUUCUAGCUGCGAUGGAAAAAGUGUAUCCUCUUUUGACGGAUGAAGAACGAAGCCGCAAUAUGCACGGUCAGGAAGUGCUAUUACUGUCAGAGCAGCACCCUCUCUAUCACGACCUCGUAGGCAAUUUCUAUUCCAAGAAGCCUGGACCACCUGAGUAUAAGCUCAACAUGCGCGUGAGCGACGGCCUCGCUGGCUUAGCUGAGCGCAACGAUACAUAUAUCCCUCAUGGCUCUCUCGUCUCACCCCUGCAGGAGUAUGGCAUGCCGAGUCUAGAUGACGAUCACUCUCUCACUGUCAACUAUAAAAUCCCCAAGUCUUCCCACGUCCACAAGUCCAUGCUUCUUCGCGGCGUGAAGUUUGCGACCCCGAUGCUGAACUCCGCUGACGUUCGUGCGGUCAAGGGCCGUGCUCAAAAUUCAGGACGGUCAUACGGUGGCGCACCGCUCAAUGGUCGCGGACGGGGUGGACAUAUCGACUACUCAUCAGAUCGGCCGAAUCCAUUUGCGGCGCAUCUUGAUCCGCGUUUCAUGCCUGCACCUCCAGGCGGUAUGCCGUCGAUGCCCUCUGGGUGGGUUCCUCCUGUCCCUGGGGCUGGUGACUACUCCAGAGGGCCACCUGGACCUCCUCGUGGCGGAAUGUCCCAUCAAUACCCCCCGCACCAGGCCCCCGGUCAAUAUCAAGGCCACCAAGGAUACAAUCAGGGAGGCUACCAAGGGUACCAGGGAUACCAAGGAAAUCAAGGGCAACAAGGAUAUCAUGGUGGCUACCAGGAUCGCGGUAGAGGUGGAGGAGGCAAUGGGGGUUAUCGUGGAGGCCGGUCCCGAGGCCAAAACCGUGAUAACUAUGGCGGUCACCGCGGUGGUGGUGGUGGUGGUGGUGGCGGUGGUUACAAUCGCUACUAG